AUGGCUUCAAGUUCCGACCCAGCGUCUGAGCAGUCGACAGCAAAAGCAUCGGCUGCUUCCUCCUCAAAGAUCACAGGGCCGACACGAAAUGCGGGGAGUCUGUUCAGGUUAUACGAAUCUGUCACGUCCACUCAGCCCACGGGUACAGAAGGGACUUCCAGCGAAACAGCACAAUACAAAUCGGAUUUUAUCGACAUCGUCGAGCUCCGGGAACCGUAUGGCGAACCAGAAAUCUUCAAAACAAGCGCUAAUCUCAAGCGAUCACCGAUUAAGAACCGGAAGUUUGGGGAAUAUGCUCUUCUUGUCCGGCAGAUCGUUCGAAAAGAUGGCCGCUGA